UCACAGGCGCCGAUGGAUUUAAAUGUCCAGUACAUCCAGUGGACAGUUGCUUGCUAGAUCGUUUCAUUUAACAAAUAAUUUCCACGGUGUGAAGAAUAAGUGACUUUUAUAUUUUACACAGACUUUUACCGUUUUUAUAUAUACUGGAAGAUGGCCCUUCGCCAUCGUGAUAUCGUCCCUACACUCCCCGACCGUGAAAACAUCACUGCAAAAGCAGGAAAAUCUCACCUCAUCAAACCAAUUGUCGUAACAAAACGACCACCCUUAGACGAGCUAAGCAACAAACUUCUCGAUAGCAAGAAGCCGGACCCCGCCAAAGAAGCAAAAGAAGCCCCCAAGCCCGUCCAACCAGCAAAAAAAGACAACCCCCCCGUCAACAAAGCCUUCUCUUCUUCCCAGCUACCAACCGCUCUUGAAAAUGACUCAGAGACGUGCACUGACCCCCAAAUGGUAUCAGAAUACCAGGGUGAUAUUUUCAAAUACCUCCACGAAAUGGAGCUGAAGUACCCCAUACGAGCGAAUUUUCUCGAGAGCCAUAAGUCAACGUCUCGAAUGCGUGCCAUUUUAGUUAACUGGUUGAUCCGCGUCCACGAGAAUUUCGGGCUCUGCCUCGAAACCCUACACAUGUGCAUUUCGCUGAUCGACAGGUACCUCCAAGACAACACUCAGGUGGGUCGGGAAAGUUUGCAGCUAGUGGGAACAUCGGCUUUGUUGAUCGCUUGUAAAUACGAGGAGAUGUACUACCCGGGACUGCAGGAUUUCAAGUAUAUAUGUGACAACACGUUUUCGACGGAUGAGAUUUUGAAGAUGGAGAUCAGUAUUUUAACGGCUUUGCAAUAUAAUUUAGGGAAACCGCUUUCCAUUCAUUUUUUAAGGCGAUAUAGUAAAUUAGCAGAUGUUAAAUUCGAACAGCAUAAUCUUUCCAAGUACUUGUUAGAACUGGCCCUUUUGGACCACGAUAUGUCACAUAUUAGACCUUCGUUGCAAGCUGCAGCUGCUUGUUGUUUAUCGAUUGCCAUUUUUAGCAACGCAACUUGUCCAUCUAAAGUAUGGACCGGACGCCUCGCACAGUAUUCUAAUUGUAAAUAUUCCGAAUUCAAACACGUAGUUGUUAAAUUUGCAAAACUGCUAAUAGCUACAGAAUCCUCAAAACAUAAGUCUGUUCAAGAAAAAUAUGCGGAUACUAAAUUCAAUAAGGUUAGUUUGAAUCCGAAAUUAAAAGGGUUUUUGGUUAAAAGACUGGCUGAGACUUCGCUGAAAGUGUGAUCCAUUUUUAUUAUUUUAAUUAUUGUAGUGCGUUUUAUAUAUUUUUACAAAAUCUGAUGAUGUUGUGGUAGUUGACAAAACAUUCUGUAAUACAAUUACACUAAAAUCGUGUUUGUAUUACAGAAAUUGUGGAAUAAAGGAAGCGUCUACAAAAUAUUUUGAUAUCCUUUAUUCUAUCAAUAGUUGUCCAGA